CGCGGGCACAUCAGAGGAACCAAACUGCCUUUAACCGAGUGUUGAAUUUGCUACGAAUCAGCAAAAAUGUCUAAAGUCCAAACGCUGAGAGCUUUUGUGAAGCAGAGACUGACUGCGGCUGCUGAGGAGAUAUUUGAGCUGUUUGAAAGAACGAUAGCGGAGUACGAGGAGGAGGUUUGUGUGCGACACAGACUGCUGGACGCUGUUUUCAGGCCGGAGGUUCGCUUACACAGAGCAGACGUCGAGCAGCUGUUGGUGAGUAAAGACGAGGAUCUCCCUGAGCAGCAGGAGCGGAGCCCUAGUCUGGACCAGGAGGACCCAGCAGAGCCGCCACGCACUGCAGAGGAACCGUGGACCAGUCAGGAGGGAGAGCAGCUUCGAGGGCUUGAAGAGGUCACACUCACUCCUGUCGCAGUGAGGAGUGAAGAAGAUGACGAAGACAAACCUCAGUCCUCGCAGCUUCAUCACAGCCAAAGUGAAGAGGACAGAGAUGCACAACAUUUGAAAACAGGAGCCGAUGAAGAGGACUGUGACCCAGCCAGGAACUCCGAUCCAGAUCCUCAUUUAAAACCAGCUAGUUGUGACUGGGAGGAGAGCAGCGAGCCUCAGGCAGGUUUAAACCAGCUGCAACCCAGCGAACAACCUCUUUCUGAAACCUCCGGAACAACAAACACCGAGAUGAAGCCGCGGCGGCAGCUGGAAGCCUCAAAGAAAAAAAAUGUGACGGCCAGCAGCAGCGAUGAAGACUCCGACACGGAGAAGAACUUCGCCCUACUCACUGAGAGAGGAAGAGGAGCUGAGGAGGGAGAGCGGUACCAUGGAGGAGAGGAAGAGGAAGAAUUCAGUGACGAUGACGACGAAGGGUCCGAUGGUGGUAGUGAAGAAGAGGAAGAUGAUGGGGCGUCGGAUGCUGGUGAGGGAGAGUCUGAUGGCGAAGAGGAGGAGGCUGAGGGGGAUGGAGACAGUGAAGGCUCUGAGGAGGAGGAGGAGGAGGAGGAUGGAGACCCAGAGGAUGCUGGUGGAAGCAGUGAGAUCCAGACAAGAGAAGACAUUAAAAAGGAACUUUCCAACAUGUCCUUUGAGGACAUCAUGAAGCUGCAGAACAAAGUGGGAACCAAAGUUUACAACGAGGUCGCCUACGGCAACAAGAAGGGCAGAGAGAGCGGCGAGAAGAGACGACUGAACAAGAACAGGCCGAUGGAGAUUUCAGCCAAGAGACGAGCUCCGUUCCUCCGUCAGGUCGUCUCCAUCAGCAAACCGACCUGGAGAGACCCUCGAUUCGAUGACCUGUCUGGAGAAUACAAACCUGAGAUUUUUGACAAGACGUAUAAAUUCAUCACUGACAUCAAACACAGAGAGAAGGAGAUCGUCCAGAAGAAGCUGAAGAGGACGAAAAAGGACAACCAGAGGAAGGAGAAACUGCAGCUCCUGCUGAAGAGGAUGGAGAACCAGGAGCGAGCGACCAAGAGCCGAGAGCAGCAGAGAGAGAGAGAGCUGCAGUUCAAGAGGCAGCAGAGAGAGCGAGCCAAUCAGGGCGCACGACCGUUCUUCCUCAAGAACUCCGACAAGAAGAAGCUGCAGCUGGCUGAGAAAUACCAGGAGCUGAAGAAGAGAGGAAAACUGGAGAACUUCCUGAGCAAGAAGAGGAAGAGGAACGCCGUGAAGGACCGCAGGAAGCUGCCCAAACAGCUGCAGAAGAAGAAGGCUGCCUGAGGCGUCGGGGACACAAAAACACCUGAAGAAGAACUGACAGCUGGACAGAACUGAACGAGCAGCCUGUAAUGACCCGUCUCAGCCUGCAGGUGGAGCUGUCGAACGUUUGACUUGAGUUUGGCUUCUCAAAGUUACAUUUUCUUGAAAAACAUCUGUGGUGCAUUCAGUGAUGCUCGGACAUCCCGUCAUUGAAAUGUUCAUUGUUUUGUUUUGAGUGUGUAACUUAAUCCCUCAUGUUGAGAACAGUUUCUUGAUUUGAAGAACGCAGGUCGAAUCUCAACUCACCGUCCAAUCACGAGCCUUUACACAUGAAACACUGAGCCAACGGGACACAGAAAUAUGUUUAAAUGUCACGUUUUAUUCAUUUGUGUCUGUCAGAGUGCAGAACGCUGCAGAACGUCUGCUCAGUGUGAGGAGAACGUUGCAGCCGUCAGAUCAGAGGGAAUAAACCAAGACUUGACGUGUUUUCCUUCAGAAUCAGGAUUCAAAGCAGCGCCUCUAAUGGAGUUGCACCACCUUUGACCGUCUGAGCCUUCUGCUUCCAGUGUGAUCAAUCAGCGGCGGAGGACAUCUGCGUCCUGGUCUGUCAGUCCAGCAAAAUGAAUCAGCGUUGAGCUGCUCCAUGUAUAAACGUCACUUCAUCACUGUGUGCCUGUGAGAGGAGGAGCUGUUUCAAAGAUCGUAGAUUAGUUCUAUUAAAGAUGGAUUUCUGUAGCUGAUGACCUCUGUGAAGUCUGUUUGUAGCUCGUCAGUCUCCAGGGACAUGUGGUGCAGUGUGGCUCAGAGGACAGCAGGGGGAGCUGUGGGA